AUGAGCCAAGAUCCCUUUCAGGAUGCUCCCGCCGCGGGGGGCGGUGGUGCGAGGGUCAUUGAGGGGAUUCGGCAGCGUCGGGAGAAGCUCGAGCUCUACCAGUCCCAGUCGCACAAAAUGAAAUCGCUCAUGAUGAACAGCGCGGGGAUUCGCAGCGGGUUGAGCACCAAAAACGAGCGUGCGUUGAACCCAAUCUGGACAAACUUCCCCACAAAGUGCGUCAAACCCAUCCGCUCCGUGGAGGAGAUGCGGGAGAAGCUGCAGUACUUCGCGAAGAGCGAUGAUGUGAUGGUGGUGCGCUACCACCAGAACCGCUGCACCGCCUGUAACGCCGUGGACAAGAGCUUUGAGUUUCUCUGCCACCAGAGCGCCGAGCGACUCCCGGGGCUUAAGUUUUACGAGGUCAACAAGGACGAGGUGCCGGAGCUUGCCAAAAACCUUGUGCGCUUUCCGCAGGUGAAGGGGUACAGCGGCGGGCACUGGACGGACCUGGAGUUUAAGCCUCCUGCCCAAUUCCGCGAGGAGCUUUACCUGGCCGUGGAGCAGGAGGUGAGGCGCCGCAAGGAUGGGGGCCGGCCCGUCACGGCGCUCGAGGCGGAGGAGAUGUACUUCUCCGCUGCCGGCCCAUCCAUGUUGGAGGUGCUCCAGGAGUCCAUCGUGAAGUUUUACUCCAAGUCGCAGGUGCGGCUGCACAACUAUUGGAAGCAGGUCUCGGUGCGACGGUCGUGGUUUUUCAAGAAGUUCAUUGAGCCUAGGGUGGAGGAGCGGCUGCGGGAUGAGUGGCAGACGAAGUCGUUGUUUGGUGAAAAGAUUAUGUACGGCCCGGAGCCCAAAUUAGAGGAGUUCUGA